AUGGCGGGUCUUUGGAAGAAGCUGGCGAGAACCCUCUCGAAAGGGCCGUUGCAGUUCUGCGACGGCAGAACCACGAACUUCCCCGCACGAUGUUCCAAAAGAACUCUGCACCGCAAGUCCAAAAUCGGCGGACGCUUUUUCGUCACCCUGCUUCCAGGCCACGGCAUCGGGCCAGAGAUGAUGCGCCACGUAGAGGCCAUCUUCGCGUGCGGCAAGGUUCCAGUCGACUUCGAAACCAUAAUUGUGGACGCAAACGUCGGUGACGCCUCGUCCAUGGACCACGCCAUCAAGUCCAUACGUCGAAACGGGGUGGCACUCAAGGGCAACAUCGAGACCACAUCGUACAGCAUGACCGUCGAACCCAGGAACCUUCUACUGAGGAACAAGCUGGAACUGUACGUGAACGUGGUUCACUGCCGAAAUCAUCCGGGCAUCAGCACCAAGCACAAAGGGGUCGACAUCGUUGUCAUCCGCCAGAACACAGAGGGCGAAUACAGCUGCCUCGAACACGAGGUGACGAGCGGCGUGGUAGAGUCGCUCAAGAUCAUCACCUGGGCUAAGUCCUUCCAGAUCGCUAAGUACUGCUUCGAGUACGCUCGGACCCACAUGCGCAAGAAGGUGACCGUCGUCCACAAGGCGAACAUUAUGAAGCUGACGGACGGCUUAUUCCUGAAGACCUGCACGGAGGUGGCCCAAGAGUACCCCGACAUCGAGUUGAACGACGUUAUCAUCGACAACUGCUGCAUGCAGCUUGUCGCCAACCCUGCGCAGUUUGACGUGAUGCUCGUGCCGAAUCUCUACGGUAACAUUGUGGUCAACGUCGCCUGUGGUCUUGUGGGCGGUGCAGGGGUCACGUCGGGUCGCAACUACGGCAAAGAGUACGCUGUUUUCGAGACGGCCACCAGGAACACGGGCACCCCGCUGGUUGGCAAGAACCUGGCCAAUCCCGUGGCGACCCUCUACGCCGCCGUGGACAUGCUCAAGCAUCUUGAGCUCUGGGAUCACGCGGUCGUCAUCAGGAGGGCCAUUGAGAAGACCGUCAACAGGGACAAGGUGCACACGAAGGACUUGGGCGGCGACGCUACGACCAGCAAAGUUGUGGAAAACAUUCUAAAGGAAGUGCAGAAGAAUACGCUGUAG